ACCGCGCGCAUAAACUGCAGGUUCUCGGUGGUUUCGGUUACGGGUAUCGCAACCGUGCUUUCUAGUAGUCGCGCGCUUCACCGGCAACAUGGCCUGGACGAAAUACCAGUUGAUGCUCGCCGCUAUGAUGCUUGUCACGGGCUCCAUCAACACGCUGUCGGCUAAGUGGGCCGACAACUUCUCAGUACCAGGAUGCCACGGGUCCGAGGAACACACUUUUUCUCACCCUUUCCUGCAGGCCGUGGGCAUGUUUCUAGGGGAGCUCAGCUGCCUUGCAGUCUUCUACAUCCUGCUCUGUCACGACAGACAGGCCCCUGAGCCAAGAAUGAACCCGGGUCAGAAAUUCAAUCCAUUCCUGUUCCUCCCCCCGGCUGUCUGCGAUAUGACUGCCACCUCCAUCAUGUAUGUGGCUCUGAAUAUGACCAGUGCCUCCAGCUUCCAGAUGUUGCGGGGUGCAGUCAUCAUUUUCACUGGACUGCUGUCUGUUGCCUUCCUGAACCGGCGCCUCAUUGCCAGUCAGUGGAUCGGGAUCUUUGUUACCAUUCUGGGGCUGGUGGUGGUGGGACUGGCUGACUUUACCAGUGGCAAGAAGGAUGAUACUCGUAAGCUUAGUGAUGUCAUCACGGGUGACCUCCUGAUCAUCAUGGCACAGAUCAUUGCAGCGGUCCAGAUGGUUCUGGAGGAGAAAUUUGUUUACAAACAUGAUGUUCACCCUCUGAGAGCUGUAGGCACUGAAGGUUUUUUUGGCUUUUUGAUCCUGUCUCUUCUGCUGAUUCCCAUGUUCUACAUCCCAGUGGGAAAUUUCAGCAACAACCCUCGCCAUGUUCUGGAAGAUGCACUAGAUGCCUUCUGCCAGAUUGGCAACCAACCCAUGAUUGUGCUGGCGCUCCUGGGCAACAUUGUCAGCAUAGCCUUUUUCAACUUUGCUGGCAUCAGUGUGACCAAGGAGAUCAGCGCCACCACGCGCAUGGUGUUGGACAGCCUGCGUACCGUCAUCAUCUGGGUAGUCAGCCUGGCUGUGGGAUGGGAGCAGUUCCAUGGGCUGCAGGUGUUGGGCUUCAUUAUUCUUCUGGCUGGGGCUGCCCUGUACAAUGGAUUGCACCGCCCCCUAAUGGCCAAGAUACCCUUCUGUGCCAGGUUCCAAGGUGAGGACAGUGAUUCUGAGAGGGAGCGACUCCUGGCUAAUAGCGAGGGUGCGGUCAAUGAUGCAAGCUAGUCUUUCAGCGUGCUCUAUGUUGUGCUGGGACUGUGUACGCAAACACUCUGUACCUUUUAUAAAUACUGUGUCACAGGUAUGUAUUCAGUCUCUGGGAAAGACUGUUCUCUGUAUCAGUUUAGUUUCUUCAGAUUUAUAAUGUUCUUUUUUUAAAAUGUAUUUGGAAGGUUUUUUUAUUGUUUACACAAUACAAUCUUUAUAACUGAGGAAAAGUAAUUAAAUUCUAAAAUUUUGCAAUUAAAUUUUAGUUUGUGUCUUUACCAGGGCUGUGGAGUCGGUACACAAGACCUCCGACUCCAGUAACCCAGUAAUUGCUUCUGACUCCACAGUAUUGCUUAGGACUCAUUAUUUACUCUUUAUGCACAAAUUCCAGGAGAACUAGCAGAUGACAUUACCGCUUGCGGUAUUGUAUUAUUCAUAUGCAAACGCGGCUGACUGGCUCGACACAUUUGCACACCAUCUGUUGGCAAAGUAAACUACAUGCUCAUGUUUUGUUUACAUUUAAACUCUAACAGUCUUAAAAUAACCUAUCAUUGGAUGCAGUAAGUAAAACAGUUGUAAUUUUAUAUAAAACACGACAGUUUGACUGCUGCUGCCUAGCCUAGGCCCAGAUCGUAAACGUAUGAGUCUGCAGGCCUAGCCUAGCCCCAAAAGUUGCACAUUUUUGAGGUCAACUUCUAUUACACCUCUAAUUUGAGGAUGGGGUGAGG